AUUACUCAGUGAGACAGGCAGAGAGGCAGAGAGGCAGAGGCAGAGGCAGGCACAGAGCCUGGGCCCCGGCUGCCAGCACCAGCACCAACACCGCCGCGGACAGCCCCUGCACCAGCGGACAGCGAAUCCGCACCAGCAGCCUGGCAUCCCCGCAACUCCAGCCAGGCCAGGUCCCUGCACCCUGCCCGGGACUCCGGGAUUCUGUGUCUCUCUCCCCCCAGCCCCACCAACACCCCCGCUCUGGGCACUCUCACUGCUCCCCCUCUACCACACACUCUCACUCUCUCUCUAUCGGACGCUGAGAUGGUGACUAAAGCCGAGAUCCUGCCUCCCCUGUUGACGGAGCCGCUCUAUCAGUCGGUGGACACCUACCAGAAGCUGGAAGAGGUGAUGAUGACCGGCACCUUGGUGACAGCCUCCACCGACCAGCCGUUUUACGGGGAACCCCUGCAGCAGUUUGAGCAUCUGUCAGCAGACACGUUCACAGACAUCUCCCCCGGAGCCGAGAAGAACCUGAUGGAGCCGCCGUAUUCGGCGCAGAGCUGCCGCCUCCCGUCCAUCGCCUACACGGGCCGCUUCUCCCUGGAGCCGGCUUCCAGCUGUAACAGCCUGUGGCCGGAGCCCCUCUUCAGCCUGGUCAGCGGCAUCGUUAGUAUGAGCAGCGGCGGCGGCAGCGGCAGCAACCCGCCUCCGGCCAACCCGGACAGCGACUCCGAGGCGAUGUGCCCCGCCGCCUCGGCCGGUUUCGGCGGCUCCGGCUCGGAGAUGUUCCCGGGACAGUCAGACGGCUUCCCCAGCGGUCCCAGCUCCAUCCAGUACCCGGCUUGUACCAACCCAAAGGGCUUCCAGCUGCCGAUGAUCCCGGACUAUCUGUUCUCGCAGGCGGACGAUCUGAACCUGGAGAGUUCCGAACAGAAACCUUUCCAGAGCGUGGAACCCAGAAGCCAGCCCUCUCUCAUCCCCCUGUCCACCAUCAAAGCCAUAGCCGACCAGAGCAGCGGUCCUGAGGCCAAGAACACGGUCACUUACACCUCGCAGUUGACCAAGCCUUGCAGGCUGAGGAAGUACCCGAAUCGACCCAGCAAGACCCCUCCACACGAGCGGCCGUACGCCUGCCCGGUGGAGACCUGCGACCGCCGCUUCUCCCGCUCGGACGAGCUGACCCGCCACAUCCGCAUCCAUACCGGCCAGAAGCCGUUCCAGUGCCGCAUCUGCAUGAGGAACUUCAGCCGGAGCGACCACCUCACCACCCACAUCCGCACCCACACCGGCGAGAAACCGUUCGCCUGCGAGGUCUGCGGCAGGAAAUUCGCCCGCAGCGACGAGCGCAAAAGGCACACCAAGAUCCACCUGAGACAGAAGGAGAAGAAAGUCGAUAAAGCCCUGUGUAUCUCCAGCCCGCCGGCAAUCUCCUUCCCCUCCCCGGUCUCUAACACUUACCCCUCCACAAUCGUGGGCACCUCCUUUGAAUCCCCUGUCACUAACACUUACCCCUCUACAAUUGUCAGUAGCUCCUUCCCCUCCCCGGUCACUAACACUUACCCCUCUACAAUAGUCAGCAGUUCUUUUGAAUCCCCCGUCACUAACACUUAUCUGUCGACAAUAGUCAGCAGUUCCUUUGAAUCCCCUGUCACUAACACAUACCCCUCUACAAUAGUCAGCAGUUCCUUUGAAUCCCCUGUCACUAACACUUACCCCGCUACAAUAGUCAGCACCUCAUUUGAAUCCCCUGUCACUAACACUUACCCUUCUGCAGAAGUCAGCACCUCCUUUGAAUCCCCUGUCUCUAACACUUACCCCGCUACAAUAGUCAGCACCUCCUUUGAAUCCCCUGUCACUAACACUUACCCCUCUACAAUAGUCAGCACCUCCUUUGAAUCCCCUGUCACUAACACUUACCCCUCUACAAUAGUCAGCAGUUCCUUUGAAUCCCCAAUCACUAACACUUACCCCUCUACAAUUGUCAGCACCUCCUUUGAAUCCACAGUCACUAACACUUACCCCUCUACAAAUCUAAGCACUUCCUUUGAAUCUUCGGUCACUAAUACCUACCCCUCUGCAGAAGUGAGCACCUCCUAUGAAUCCCCAGUCACUAACACUUACCACUCCUCAGUCGUUAGUAACAGUUACCCAUCAGUGACCUCCUCAACCUCUGAGAUUGCACCCACUCUAACACCAAGGACAAUUGAGAUCUGAAAUUAUUCAGGUCUCCAAUAUUGGACUUGUUUUUAUAUAAAUAAAUUUCACCUAGCUAUUGUGUACUUGUGUGCCAGGCAUUACCCCGUCACAAUUCUGCAGAUGCUACUCAUGUGAAGAUUGUUCAAUGGGGUAAGGGGUGGGGGGGGCUGGGGGGAAUGUUUGCAUAUUCCAUCCUGUAUUAUUUGGAGUUGGAGGGACAUUUGGGAAACCUUUCUAUUGUGCAAAUGCUAUCAUCGGUUCCUUUCAAUGAAACUAAAAACGUACCUGGAAUGCAAUGAGGUGCCAGCAUGUGCAGGAGAUGUUCGUUAUUCUGUGGAGGUCGCCUCAAUACUUGCCAAAUGACAGAUACUUUCUUUGUCUCUCAGUUGGUUUUAAAACUAUAAGAAGUCUGUGUGCCUUCUAUGUGUAGCUUGCUGACGUGUGUCUGUUGGUGGAUACACUGCAUUAAAGCCUUAAAGGUGAAAGAGGAGAGAUGGUCACUGAAGGCACUUUGCUGAUGGAAGGAGUAUCAGAGAGAAAGGAGAAAAGGGAAGAAAUGCCAAAAGAACAUUUCUUUCGAAUGUAAGCAAAAAAAAUAUCUAAAGUAUAUUUUUGUAAUCUAAGUGUAAAUAGAUUCAGAGCCCAGAUGUUAUUGUUACCUACCGAGUAGGCGUGUAUUUUUUGUAUGUUCUCAACAUGCGUUUUGUAUGGUGGAUACAUUUCAACAUAGUGUUUGUAAACGGAGCGCCUGACUGUUCUCGCUUCUUACACAUUGGAAUGCGCUUUACUGCCAAUUGGAUAUUUGGUGUACAAUAUAUCCUUGAGGAAAAACAAAAAAUAAAUCUUCAAAAGAUUUAUCUCUUA